AUGGCAGCUCCGUCGUCAUCGGCGGCGAGCACCACCACCAACAUCAUGCUGGCAAUCUACGAGAAGAAAACGGUCUCACUUGACCUCUACCGCCCACUCCGCAACUACAUCGUCUUCAAUUACUCCGAACGCGAGGCCCAAAACCUCGAAGAUGAUCUCCAAAUCCUCAAACAAUACCGUUCUGAUCUCGAAAAACCAGCCGACUCACUCCCCUCUCGCCGUGAUUUGCUGCAAAAUUACUACAGGGCCCUCUGCUGCGUCGAGUCUCGGUUCCCAAUCUCACCCGACAAAGACCACAUCAAUACGGUGAGGUUUGUGUGGCACGACGCUUUUAAGAACAAGCUAAAGGCUUCGCAGCAGAAUAUUCAUUUGGAGAAAGCCGCGGUGUUGUUUAAUCUUGGGGCGGUGUAUAGUCAGAUGGGAUUGGGUGUGGAGAGGUCUACGGUGGAGGGUCGGAGGCAGGCGGUGCAGAGUUUCGUGGCGGCGGCGGGGGCGUUUGCGUUUUUGAGGGAUAAUGUGGCGGUGAAGGCAUCGAUGGGAAGCUCAACGACGUUGGAUGUGGCGGUGGAGUGUGCUGGGAUGUUGGAGAGGUUGAUGUUGGCUCAGGCUCAGGAGUGUGUGUUUGAGAGUACCAUCGCGAAAGGGAGUACCCCGGGAGUUUGUGCUAAAAUCUGUAGACAGGUUGGGCUGUACUAUGAGGAAGCUUUGGCUGCAUUGAAUGUAGCGCCUUUGAACCAGCAUUUUGACAAAACCUGGCUAUCUCAUGUUCAGUUGAAGGCGGCCUUGUUCUAUGCAGAGGCUUGCUACAGGUAUGGUUUAGAGCUCCAUGAGAAAGAAGAGAUUGCCGAAGAAAUUGCUCGGUUGAAGAGUGGGGUUAGUGCUUUAUCUGAGGCAAAGAAAUUCUCCUCAAAGGGGGCUGCUCAGCAGCUUUUGGAUGCAAUUAGUAAGUUAGAGACCAAUCUAAAUCGUAAUCUAGAGAGGGCUGUGAAGGAGAAUGACAGAGUUUACCUUAUGAGAGUUCCUCAGGCCAGCUCUUUACUUCCUCUUCCUGCAUUUCCCAUGGUUAAAUCCAUGCCUAUGACUGAGGUUUUGGACCCAAGCAAGGAGAAGAUGUUUGCUAGUCUUGUUCCUGACAGCAGUGCAAAGGCUCUUUCCAGGUACACUCAAAUGGUUGAUGAUAUCAUCAGAACACAAGCUGAAAAAUUGCAACAGGGGAGUGAACUUGCGCGAGUGAGGCUUAAGGAGAUGGAUUUGCCUGAUUCUAUUAUUGCUUUGGAAGGUAAUUUCACUCUGCCAUCAGAUCUUAAAGAAGAGGUAGAGGCUGUGCAAAUCUGCGGGGGCCCAGCAGGUUUGGAAGGUGAGCUUCACCAAGUUAGAGAAUUGAGGACGGUAAACCAGGAAUUUCUGGUCCAGACGGAAGAACUCUUGCAGAAGGAAGCAACCGAAGAUGCACAGUUUAGAACCCAAUUUGGGACACGGUGGAGUAGGCCCCAAUCCACUACUUUAACAAAGAACUUGCAGGAUAGGUUAAAUAGGUUUGCAGCAAAUCUGAAGCAAGCUGCAGAAAGUGAUGCCCGGAUUGAGCGCUCAGUGAGAGAACAUUCAGCUCUCAUGUCAAUCCUUGACCAACGUCCGAUAGAAUCUGUUCUUCCAACUCUGGCAAGGCCAAUAUUGUCUUUGGAUGCCAAUGAAGAUGCUAUAGUGGGAGCCUUGAAGCAGAGCUUGAGGCAAUUGGAGACUCUUGGUGCUCAGCGAGCAGGGCUUGAAGACAUGCUUAAAGAGAUGAAGAGGAAGGAUGAUAUACUGCCAAAGUUGAUGACAUCCACUGGCUCCUAUGAGGAUCUUUUCAGAAAAGAAAUAUUGAAGUAUGAUCACAUUUGUGAAGAAAUUUCCCAGAAUAUUGAGUCACAAGAACAGUUGCUGCUACAAAUUCAGGCACAGAAUGAUAAGUUUGCUGCUGUCUUUAAUCUUGAAGAUUACAAAGCAUCUCGUGAGAGGAGCUAUAAGCAGAUUGAAGCUUCCAUAGCAAAGUUCCGAGAAAUCAAAGACAACAUUAAUGAAGGGUUGAAGUUCUAUGUUGCUCUUCAGGAUGCAAUCACCAAUGUAAAGCAGCAAUGCAGUGAUUUCGUGAUGACCAGAAACAUUCAGUGCCGAGAAAUGAUUGAAGAUGUACAGAGACAAUUGUCAGGUCUCAAUUUUCAAGAUGGUAAGAAUACAGGUGCUUACAGUUAUCCUCCAGCUGGACAGCCUCAUCAGACUCAAAGAUACAAUUCUCAACAGCAAACGGAUCCUGGGAGCAUGUCCAAUACUCCUUGUCCGCAAACACCUUACUAUCAGCCACCUCCGCAGCCAACAAUGCCUGCCUAUUCUCAAGCACCUCCCCUUUAUGGUUCACAACAGCCACCACCUCCUUACAAUGUGCCAGCUGCAGGUGGUUCUUCAUACCCUCCUCAACUGUACCAACAACAGCCAGCAGUAAGCCAUGAGUAUGGCCAACCUGCUUAUCCUGGAUGGCGGGGCCCUUAUUAUAAUGCACCUCCUCAGCAAUCCGGAUCUCUACCUCGGCCUCCUUACACCAUUCCAUCUCCAUAUCCUCCUCCACAUCAGAGUGGCUACUAUAAGCAAUGAUUAUCAUUUCAUGCCUCUUAUUUCUUCAGUUAGAUUGUUUCUAUUCUGGUGAUUUUUUUUGCUUUUCAUUUUUUCUCCAUUCUUCUUCCAGUGAAUUCUAUUUCGCUAGAUCUCUUCCUUAAUAUCUAGUUGCAUAUUACGGUACGUGUGAAUUGUGAAACUCAUACCCUGCAAUACUUGUAUGUAUAGGCUGGUAAUUUAUGUAUAUAUAUAUAGCCAAUAAGAAAACAUGUUU